AUGGCACCUGUUGCGCUCAGUCGCUCUUUCAGAAACCUCCCAGUCCCAGCAGCGCUAGGCUUCGGACUAAAAGCACGUUACACUCCCAGCGAGAAUGUCCCGACACUCUUCGACCAUAAAUUUAUCGUCGAUCGGUACAGCCCCAAACGCGCUGCAGUGGUCGACUAUUACUCGCGACUCCCUCCUGACAGACUCUCCUGGCGUGUCAUCACCAACAUCAGCUCCAAGCAGGUCAACAAAGCCGUGCUGCGCAACCGCCUGAAGCGAAGAUGGGCCGGCGCAUUUGCAGAAGCGCUGAAAAAUCAUGGCUACUAUCACAACGGGAGGAAGCGAACGGGACCAAAAGACGGCAAGAAAUAUAUCCCUGGUCUGAGAGGCACGCUUGAAAUCCUCAUAUUCGCUGAUCGUGGCAUCACUUGUCCUCACCACGAACUCGUCGGCGCGUCUAACGCCUUGGUCAAGUCUUUGGUCCGGAAGGUGCAACAGCUGGAACCUAAAGUCAAAUCCGGGCAAGACAAGGAACAUUGGGAUGGUGGAGAGAGCACCCAGGCUCCCAGAGAAGUUUCAUCAUCGCUUUGGUCUCUCUGGCGGAAACUCCUGUGA